AUGGCACGCCAAAGUAUCCUAUUUUUCUUACUCUUCUGUUCUUGUUCCUCUCUCGCUAUUGCACAAGAUCCGCCUUACAAAGCCGUCAAUCUGGGGAAUUGGCUCGUCACAGAGGGCUGGAUGGAACCAUCUCUCUUUGAUGGAAUAGUCAACAAAGAUCUCUUGGAUGGAACUCAAGUGCAAUUGAAGUCGACCAGGUUACAGAAGUUCCUGGUUGCUGAAAAUGGAGGAGGGGCUGAUGUUUUAGCCAACCGUGAUUCUGCUGCUGGUUGGGAAACUUUCGUGUUGUGGAGGGUGAAUGACUCCUCCUUCAAUUUCAGAGUGUUCAACAAGCAGUUCAUCGGUUUGGAUGGUGCAAACAAGCUAGUCGCAACUUCUAACUCACCCAGCAACCCAGAAACGUUUCAGAUUACAAGAAAAAGUGACGAACCAUCCAAAAUUCGUAUCCAAGCAUCAAACGGUCUGUUCCUACAGGCUCAAUCGGAGACACUAGUGAGUGCUGAUUAUGGAGCGUCCACAAGUUGGCAAGAUAAUGACCCAUCCGUGUUUAAUAUGACAAUUGUGAAGACAUUACAAGGAGAGUACCAAAUUACUAAUGGCUAUGGCCCUCUUAGAGCUCCUCAAGUCAUGCAGGAUCACUGGAACACAUAUAUCACUGAAGAAGAUUUCAAAUUCAUGUCACAAAAUGGGUUGACCGCCGUUAGGAUUCCAGUUGGUUGGUGGAUAGCCUACGACCCCAACCCUCCAAAGCCUUUUGUCGGAGGAUCUCUAGCAGCUUUAGACAAUGCUUUCACUUGGGCUCAAAACCAUGGGAUGAAAGUGAUAGUGGACCUUCAUGCGGUUCAAGGUUCACAGAACGGGAACGAUCACAGUGGAACCAGAGACGGAUAUAUUGAAUGGGGAGAAUCAUACAUACCAGAAACAGUCGCAGUUAUUGAAUUCUUAGCAAAAAGAUAUGGGAACAAACCUAGUCUAGGAGGAAUCGAGCUAAUGAAUGAGCCAACAUUAGGGUCGAAUUUGGAUACCUUGAAGAAGUAUUACCAGCAAGCUUAUGAUGCAGUGAGGAAAUACUCUGAAACGACUUAUGUCAUAUUGGGAAAUCCAGUGGAUCAUGACUCAAAAGCACUUCUCUCAUUUGCUGGGGGAUUCAAUCGAGUAGUGGUUGAUGUUCAUUACUACAAUCUGUAUUCGGAUCAGUUCAUAAACACGACCGCGCAACAGAACAUUGACUAUAUAUAUAACCAAAGAGCUUCAGAUCUCAGCGGCAUCACCACUACCAAUGGUUCUCUCAGUUUCGUGGGGGAGUGGACUGCAGCAUGGGCUGUGCAGGGAGCGUCAAAGGAGGAUUACCAGAGAUUUGCAAAAGCCCAAUUGGAUGUGUAUUCUCAGGCCAGUUAUGGAUGGGCCUAUUGGGCCUACAAAUGCCAAUAUGAGCCUUGGAGCCUCAAGUGGAUGAUUGAGAAUGGCUAUAUAAACCUCUAAUUUAGUAUGUGCUUAUUUUGGGGAGAAUAAAUGUUAUGCAGUGAAUAAAGAGGAUUUGGAUGCUAUCCCAAUAUUAUACAUAAAAUUAUAAAUCUUUAACUUGUGUUUUA